GGUGGAUUGCUCGAAUUGCACAUUUGCAAGACGACCUUGUCGGUCGGUUGCUGGGACGAUCAUGACUCGGACGACGCGGCUGCUGUGCGCGAUGACGCUCCUCGCGACGAUGCCACGCGCGGUCCACGCGCUGAGCAGCGACACGCCGGCGUGGGUCUGGGUGCUCGUCGGCCUCGGCGGCGCCGGCGCGUUCGUCGCGAUCCACUACUGCAUCCGCCAGUCGGGCCUCCUCUCGUCAUCGUUGCACCACCCGUUCCUCGGCGGGCAAUACACUGAAGACGGCCAGCCGCUCACGCGCCAGAACGUACAAGAGUCGCGCGAAGAGCUCGACGGGCAGUGGCACUGCACAGUCUGCGACUUCCACAAUAAACCGUCGGUUCCCACGUGCGUGCUCUGUGGGACGGACCAGGGCUUCCAGUUCCGGCUCUCGUCGACGGCCGCCGACAAGCCGCCGCGGUCGCCGUCUGCUGCGUGCCGACAGCAGUCGUUCAUUCGGCGACGCAUGAACAUGCUCAACGCACGCCAGCGCGGUGCGCGGAAUCGGCAAGAGUGGGUGCGCAAGCUCGACACAGACGGGCGGCGCGUCUGGGCGCGGUCGAGCCAUGACGAGGGCCAGCACUCGGUCGCGUUCGUGUCGCAGCUCACCAUGUCGCCCAAGCACCCGGAAGGCAAGAUGACCUUUCGCGAGUACCAGGACGUGGACGCAGCCAUGUCGUCGCGCGGCUACGUCAUCUCGCAAGAAGACCUGAGUGUCCUCGAGGAGGUUGCGACUUUGCCCUUCAAGGACAAGUAUUCUUGGUUCCUCACGCAGACCUCGGCGCUUCUGCACCCGUGGGAAGAAGGCCACUUGAAGAUGCGCGUCCAUCGCGACAACAUCCUCGUCGAGUCCAUGGAGCAGAUCCUUGGCAUUCAGAUGGAGCACAUCCACAUGCCGCUCCGGAUCGAGUUUGUCGGCGAAGUGGCCAUCGACGCCGGCGGCCUCGAGCGCGAGUGGUUUGCAAUGGUGAUUGAAAAGCUCUUUGACGAGACGAUCGGGCUCUUCAUGUGCGCGCACGUCGAGUCGCUGGCGUACGUGAUCAACCCCAACAGCGUCGAUGUGAGCGUCGAUCACUUGCUCUACUUUCGGGGCGCGGGGCGCCUCAUCGGCCGCGCACUGCUCGAAGGGCAGCUCAUGAAGGCGCAUUUGGCGCUGCCCGUGCUCAAGCACAUUCUCGGCGUGCCCAUUUCGUUUAGCGAUUUGGAGUUCAUUGACCACCAGCUGUACAAGUCGAUGCGGUACCUCAAGGAGCACGACGGCGUCCAAGACAUGGGCCUCGACUUUAGCGUCAACCACCGGAAGGCGACGGGCCAAGUCGUCACGAUCGACCUCAAGGAGAACGGCCGGCACAUUGAAGUCAACGACGCCAACAAGUCGGAGUACAUUUACCUCCACCUCCGGCACGUGAUGCUCGACAGCGUCGCGGAGCAGCUGCACCACCUCAUGGCCGGCAUCUUUGAGGUCAUUCCCCAAGAACUAAUCCUCGUGUUUGACUACCAAGAACUCGAGCUCAUCCUCUGCGGCGUGCCGUCGAUCGACCUCGCCGACUGGAAGACGCACACGCAGUGCAACGAAGACAUGCCGCCGGAGCUGUGGCAGUGGUUCUGGGAGGUCGUCGGCGCCUUCUCGGACGAAGAGCGCGCGCGUCUCUUGCAGUUUACGACCGGCUCGUCGCGCGUGCCGGUCCAGGGCUUCAAGGCGCUCACGAGCUACGACGGCCGGAUCUGCCACUUCACCCUCAACACGGUCGCGUACCCCGAGCACACGUUUCCGCGCGCACAUACGUGCUUCAAUCGCAUCGACUUGCCCAAGUACAAGACCAAGCAAGAGCUCGAGAACGUGCUGACGCUCGUUGUCAACAUGGAAGUCACGGGCUUUACGGACGAGUAGUUACUAUGUAAUUGCUACAUGUUGAUGGGAGUAUUACCUAUAUGAGUAUAUCGAUAUACAUGUGGCUGGA